CACCAAUCACCGGUCGUUUUUUGGCAACCAACCAGAGCCCAGGUGGUCACGCCCAUUUGUGAGUUGGGAGCUUGGGUUACGAUCACUAAGCGCGUCAGUUAACCGACAACGCUCCUUUCUUAAACAGUUCUUUUCCAUCAACCACCGAAGUUUAGUGUUGUAAUUGCUUGUGAAGUUACCAGUUAUGUUUCCAUCUCCGACUGCUGCUUCUAAUGAAGUAGAAGCACCGACUCAGAGCCCAUCUAGUCCUAACUCAAAUCCAAGACCUCAAGAACAACAACUCCGCCGAUACAGAACAGCAUUUUCUCGAGAACAAGUCAGAAGAUUAGAAGCAGAAUUUUUGCGUGAAAGCUAUGUUUCUCGUCAAAAACGACAGGAAUUGGCCACUGACUUGAACCUGACCGAACCCACCAUAAAGGUUUGGUUUCAAAACCGCAGAAUGAAAGAUAAGCGACAACGCCAAAUGAUACCAUGGCCGUACGACACUUUCUACCAUCCUCUAGUUGAGGCUGCCUGGUACGCCUCCCACUACAUGCCGACAGCCCCGCCUGUUCCACGGCCUUUUGCCUACAGACAUUUGGCAUUACGCACAUCAACUGUACCUUCAAAUCCAAUCAACUCAAGCAACUUUGAUCCAACGUCAAUUGCGCCGCCAACGAAUUAUUUUCACGUUCCUUUAGUUGGACCGUUCGAUGUGUCCAGCAUGUUCAAUAAAGUGCCACUUCGAUUGCCAUCGCCCACACUUCAGCAAGUAAGUUUGGGGCCACCUGAACAAUAUUUUGCACAGCAAACUAGGCAGGAAGAGCCCAAGUUAUUUCAGCCGUAUAAAGAUCAGCAAUGGAACGUUUAUUCGAUUAGUGCUGCUGAAAAUGCUUUAGUUUCGCCAAACCAAUGCAUGAAUAUGGGCUGUAUACUCUAGCUGUCUACAUUAAUAAUUAUAUAGAUAAAAACUUUAUCCAUUCUUGUGAACAUUUUCUUCGUAUCUAAGCUAGUUUUAGUUUAAUUUAUUUAUUCAUAAGUACAACAUAAUUCACUCAGGCACAGUGAAUAACUACUUCAAUUGAAAUGCUUCCAUAAAAAUCGAUACAUUCAAUUUGCAAUUGCUUCAAAAAGUUGUUGGCGUGCAUCUGAAGAUUUGUAGCAUUUAAAUGGGGUCAUUGUGAUAUUAUUUUAAUUUAGUCAAAAUAAUUCAUCUGUGAUACUCCUAGCAUAAGUGGUAUUGAGGUACCUAUACCUAUGUAUGUAUAUGUAAGAAAGUAAAUAGUUGCAAUCUAAAAGUGUUAAAAGAUGCAACUUGCCUUGCAAACAAAAUUAUGUUGUUAAGUAGGUAAGUCUUUCCUUAAUAUUCCAUUUAGUCGUUUAUAUUUAGUUACAACCAUGCAAUAAUUACUUGUCAUUUAGUUGAUUGGAUAGGUAUAGAUUAAGUAAAUAGUGGCGAAGCAUUCAGCAAA